GAGGUGGCCGCAGCGUCCCCCGCGGCCCCGGCGCGGGCUGGAGCGCGGAGCCGCCGCCGCCCGGCCUAACCAUGCUGCCCCCGGGCGGAGGGUCUGGGCGACGGCCGCCCCUGCCCGCCGCGCGCCGCCUCCGCUGACCUCGCCCGCCGGGCCGCCAAGCACCAUGGUGCAGAAGUCGCGCAACGGCGGCGUGUACCCCGGCCCCAGCGGGGAGAAGAAGCUGAAGGUGGGCUUCGUGGGGCUGGACCCCGGCGCCCCCGACUCCACGCGGGACGGCGCGUUGCUCAUUGCCGGCUCUGAGGCCUCCAAGCGCGGCAGCAUCCUGAGUAAGCCCCGCGCGCCGGGCGCCGGGAAGCCCCCCAAGCGCAACGCCUUCUACCGCAAGCUGCAAAAUUUCCUGUACAACGUGCUUGAGCGACCGCGCGGCUGGGCGUUCAUCUACCACGCCUACGUGUUCCUGCUGGUCUUCUCCUGCCUGGUGUUGUCUGUGUUCUCCACCAUCAAGGAGUAUGAGAAGAGCUCCGAGGGCGCCCUGUACAUCCUGGAAAUCGUGACCAUUGUGGUGUUCGGUGUGGAGUACUUUGUGCGCAUCUGGGCCGCGGGCUGCUGCUGCCGCUACCGCGGAUGGCGAGGACGCCUCAAGUUCGCACGGAAGCCCUUCUGUGUCAUUGACAUCAUGGUCCUCAUCGCCUCUAUCGCUGUGCUGGCCGCUGGCUCUCAAGGCAACGUCUUCGCCACGUCCGCGCUGCGGAGUCUGCGCUUCCUGCAAAUUCUGCGGAUGAUCCGCAUGGACCGAAGGGGGGGCACGUGGAAGCUGCUGGGGUCUGUGGUCUACGCGCAUAGCAAGGAGCUGGUCACCGCCUGGUACAUCGGCUUCCUCUGCCUCAUUCUAGCUUCUUUCCUGGUGUACUUGGCAGAGAAAGGGGAGAAUGACCACUUUGACACCUAUGCGGAUGCCCUCUGGUGGGGCCUGAUAACCUUGACGACCAUCGGCUACGGGGACAAGUACCCCCAGACCUGGAAUGGGAGGCUCCUGGCAGCCACCUUUACCCUCAUCGGUGUUUCCUUCUUCGCCCUCCCUGCGGGCAUUUUGGGGUCUGGCUUUGCCCUCAAAGUUCAAGAGCAGCAUCGGCAGAAACACUUUGAGAAGCGGCGGAAUCCUGCGGCUGGCCUGAUCCAGUCAGCCUGGAGGUUCUAUGCCACCAACCUGUCCCGGACAGACCUGCAUUCCACCUGGCAGUACUAUGAACGCACCGUCACCGUGCCCAUGUACAGCUCACAAGCCCAAUCGUAUGGGGCCUCCAGGUUGAUCCCACCUCUUAACCAGUUGGAACUACUACGUAACCUCAAGAGUAAAUCUGGCCUCACGUUCAGGAAAGAGCCUCAGCCAGAGCCCUCGCCCAGCAAAGAGUCCCUGUGUGGAUGCUGCCCCGGACACUCUAGCCAGAAGGUCAGUUUGAAAGAUCGUGUCUUCUCCAGUCCUCGAGGUGUGGCCACCAAGGGGAAAGGGUCUCCUCAGGCCCAGACAGUGCGGCGGUCCCCCAGUGCUGACCAAAGCCUGGAGGACAGUCCCAGCAAGGUGCCCAAGAGCUGGAGCUUCGGGGAUCGCAGCCGGGCACGGCAAGCCUUCCGCAUCAAGGGCGCAGCCUCAAGGCAGAACUCAGAAGAAGCUAGUCUCCCUGGGGAGGACAUCGUGGAGGACAACAAGAGCUGCAGCUGUGACUUUGUCCCUGAAGACCUGACGCCCGGGCUCCGAGUCAGCAUCCGAGCAGUGUGUGUCAUGCGGUUCCUGGUAUCGAAGCGGAAGUUCAAGGAGAGCCUGCGGCCAUAUGAUGUGAUGGAUGUCAUCGAGCAGUACUCAGCUGGCCACCUUGACAUGCUGUCCCGCAUCAAAAACCUACAGUCCAGAGUGGACCAGAUUGUGGGCCGGGGCCCAGCCAUCGCAGACAAGGACCGUGCCAAGGGUCCUGCUGAAGCCGAGUUACCUGAAGAUCCCAGUAUGAUGGGGCGGCUGGGCAAGGUGGAAAAACAGGUCCUGUCCAUGGAGAAGAAGCUGGACUUCCUGGUGAACAUCUACAUGCAGCGAAUGGGCAUCCCCCCGACUGAGACUGAAGCCUACUUUGGCGCAAAGGAGCCGGAGCCAGCGCCCCCGUACCACAGCCCCGAGGACAGCCGCGAGCACCUGGGCAGAAGCGGCUGCGUCAUCAAGGUGGUGCGCUCCACCAGCUCCAUGGGCCAGAAGAACUUCGCGGCUCCGCCUGCCGCCCCCUCUGGCCCCUGCCCACCGUCCACCUCGUGGCAGCCACAGGGGUGCCCUCGCCAGGGCCCUGGCUCCUCACCCGUGGGAGACCCCGGGGCGCUGGUGCGGAUCCCGCCUCCGCCCACCCAUGAGCGCUCGCUCUCAGCCUACAGCGGAGGCCACAGGGCUAGUGCGGAGUUCUUGCGGCACGAGGACACGGCUCGGCCCCCGGACGGCGGCCUGCGGGACAGUGACACGUCCAUCUCCAUCCCAUCGGUGGACCACGAGGAGCUGGAGCGCUCCUUCAGCGGCUUCAGCAUCUCCCAGUCAAAGGAGCACCUGGACACGCUGGCGGGCGGCUACGCAGCCGUGGCGCCCUGUGCCAAGGUCAGGCCCUACAUCGCGGAGGGCGAGUCGGACACGGACUCUGACCUCUGCACUCCGUGUGGGCCUCCGCCGCGCUCUGCCACCGGCGAAGGCCCCUUCGGAGACGUGGGCUGGGCUGGCUCCCGGAAGUGA